UGGCUCCCUAGAGCUGUAUCAAGAGUACAAAAAUUACUUCACACCAGUGACCAUUGUAAUUUUGUUGCUCUCUGCAUUAGUGUGAGUGCUACGCAUACACCUGUGUCAUUAAAAAUGGCGAACGUUCGAGUUCUCGGUAGAAUCGCCAACAAUGUUUUGUCCCAGAGAUCGUUGAAGGCACUACCACAGGCGACAACGACGUGUCAGCCAUCCCGGAGUAAGUACGUCGUCAUCACUCCCAGCGACAGCCCAUCCUGGCCGAAUGUACCUAACAACGAGGCCAUGCAUCUCUAUUUGAGAGAACUGGGGAAUGGAUUCCUGGUGACGUUGUCUGCGAUGUUUAAGGAACCAGUGACUAUCAAUUAUCCCUUUGAGAAAGGCCCACUGAGUCCCAGAUUCAGAGGAGAACACGCGUUAAGAAGAUAUCCAUCGGGCGAGGAACGAUGCAUCGCCUGCAAGCUCUGCGAAGCCAUUUGUCCUGCUCAGGCUAUCACCAUUGAAGCUGAAGAGCGCUCCGAUGGCUCCAGAAGAACGACCCGAUACGAUAUUGAUAUGACAAAGUGUAUUUAUUGCGGGUUCUGUCAGGAAGCUUGUCCAGUAGAUGCCAUAGUCGAGGGGCCCAACUUCGAGUUUUCGACAGAAACCCACGAGGAGCUGUUAUACAACAAAGAAAAACUCCUGAACAACGGUGACCGAUGGGAAUCUGAAAUUGCUAGUAACAUUCAUGCUGAUCACUUGUAUCGUUAAUUAAAUCUCAUGGAUACCUAGUCGUUGUCCUUGGGCAAUAUAACAGCAAAGAAAACUCGGUGUUUUUUCAAAUUCAAUGCAGAACUGAAAAAAAAUAUUGUUGAAAUUACCAACACAUACCUGUAAAUUAAAACAAUGUGGAUGCGUUUAUCGAAUAAAUGAAGUAGUUGUUAAAUAA